AUGGAUCCUUUUAGCGUCGUUGUAGGCACUCUAGGCCUGGUGCAACUCUGCAUCAAGUCGAGCGCCUUGCUUCGCGACGCCAUCCAGAGUAUUAAUAGCGGCCACCGAGAAACGAAAAACCUCCUUACUGAAAUCGAAUCACUUAUUGGGAUAUUAGUAUCGCUCGAGCGGAACAUAAGAGCGGAGAAGGAUACUUUUAGUUCACUUGACUUCGUUUUGGAGCAAUGUACCCGUGCGUGUGAUGACUUGAACAAAGCAGUAUCAAGAGCCCUGGGGGGUCGUAAGCAGUCAGACGGCAUCAAGACUUGGAUUAGACUUAAACGCCAAGAGACUGAUAUAGAAGAAUUUCGGAAGCUUGUUGAUAGCUACAAGGCUACACUGACCAUAGCGAUCGCAGACGUCAAUCUCCGUACAACGCGGAUCACCAAGGGAUUGCUUGAGCAAUAUACUGAGCUAUCCAAAACGGCGACGGCUAAUCUGGAAGAACGCAUCGAAGAAUUGAGCGCAAAACUGGAGCUUCUACACUCUUCUGAGAAGAAUUCUUCCUUGGUUGAAGACACGCAUCUGGCUGAAGAGCAACAAGCACUAGACCAGAAAACCAGUCUCGAGCAGUGCCUCUCAAUCUGUCUGAAGCUCAUCGAACACAUCCAUACUAUCAGACCUGUGGCGUUCCCAGACGGUCUUCAGGGUAUGGAUGCGGCCGUCAAGGACCAAGGCAUGAGCGUUCCACGAAUGACAAACGAUGCCCUCAACGUAUGCACGCAAAGCCUCAGGAACACGGCACAGCACAUACGGGAUAUCGCAGAUGAGGAUAGAUCCAAAGCAGAGAUGAACGAAGCCGAGGUUCUCGAGCAAUUGGGCGGGGUGAGAAAGUGCUUAGAGAUUGUGAGGCAAUCAGAGCAGAACCGCGUCAACAUCUUCGAAAAGAUAGUACAAUCUGAGGAUUCGCGGGUGGCGAUGGUAUCGACCAUUGGGGAUCUGGUUAGAGGCAGCGACAUUAACAUUGGGCCAGGUGCGAUCAGUCUUAUGGGGCAGAUGAGCGACGAGAGUCUGCAGAUGGGGGUCGGAACCUUUACCUCGUCACUUACGAGUAGAUCGACACGUCCUGCGACUGAAAGACCUUUUGCUUUUGAAAAAAAGCAUGGUUCUGGGCGGACGAUGUAA